AGGUCGCGAUGGGGCUUCCUCUUCCUCGGAUCUAGGUCGUGUUGGAGCUUAGAACAAAGGUCACGGUGUCGGCGAGGUUGGGUCGGCGAUUCCAUCCCCGACAAAUAUGGAGCCCAAACACAAGACCUUCCAUGGCCAACGAGAUCUGCCUCCAAUGACCUAGAUGAAGAAGAACACGAAGACGAUGAAGAUCUUUUGCCUCCAACGAGAUAUGCUCUACUAUGUGCAGAUCGUCGACAAUGUUGGGAGAAAGAAAGGAGAUAGGGAUGAACACGAGAGGGAAAGAUUAGGAAAGAAAUAGAGAGAAGAAGAUCUGUGAAAAUUAUUGGGAGAAAGAAAGAGGAGAGAGAGAGAGAUGAACACGAGGGAGAGAGGCAAUAUGGACUCCGACCUCGACGCCCUCAUCGACAAUGCGGGUGCCAAGAGGAGCAAGCGCCCCAGGGCAAGGGGACUGACAACUAGUCAGCCUAGGAAAAGCUCCAAGAGAUCUAGGAAAACGCCUCCUCCUCCCCCACCGGCUUCGAGCUCUGCUGCUGCGUCGACUGGCCAGACUAACGCCCCCACGACGAUACCACCCUCGCAGGCCGUCAUCUCUGUGGUGGCACCGGCCACGCAGACUGGUAUCGCUGCCGUGGUCGAAUCCCAACCUCCUGUGGCGGGUCAAAUGCCUUCUACCCAGCUCGUCAAAAGACCUUCUGCUUCCCGAGCUCAGAAGCUAACCAUUUCCACCCAUAUGGAUUCGUAUGUGGUGGACAAUGCUGCCGGUCCUCACGGGUCUACGCUGAUCUCGGAUGUAAUGUCCCGGAUUGGCCAGAGCUACGGCAAUUUCGAGGCUCCUCAGUGGCAGUGUCUAACUGGCACUCGGGACCGCACUGUCCUGUACGAGAAGAGUAUCGAGCACACUGCCGCGGUUCUUGCUUUCACUGCCCAGCUCAAUUACGAGCUGAAUAACGAGGUCCAUUCGAGCAGGACCCUCGCCCAAGAGGAGAGGGACCUCCACCUUAGAGCGAAUGAUGACUUGAAGGCGGCGAACAUUAAGCUCGAGGUAGUGGUUAAGGAGCGUGAGGAAAUGGCCAAGGAGCUUGGGAAGAUGAAAAAUGAACUCGAGGAGCAAAAGAGAGAUAACAUCCAGCUUCGGGAGACCAAUAAGAAGCUCGAGGAAGACAAGGCCGUCACCCUCGACCUCAUGGAGGAUAUCAAAACCCGCCUUACUGCCGAGUACAAAGAAAAGAAGGAAACGGCGGUCGAUUCAGCCAUGUACCGGAUGUGGGCCUAUAACGAAGAACUGGACACCAGCUUUUUGGGUCCCCACGAGGCGCCGUUCCUUGAACGAUGGAAUGCUCGGCUCGAGAAGGAAGAGGCUGAACGGCGUGAGAAAGAGAAGGCUGAGCAGCUCGAGAAGGAAAAGGCUGCUCCGAGUACCGUUUCGGAGGGAGCUCAGGAGGAUAGUCAUGCUAUUCGUCCUGAGGGGUCCGGUGCCACUGAUGCUGAGAAGGCCAAGGAGACUCCUCUUCUUUGAAUCUGACCUCGGGGAGAUCAGUUUUCGGGGCUGCGUCCCAUUAUUUCUGUAAUUAUUUUAACUUAUGCCCACAGGGCUGACACAAUUCCCUUUAUUAUUCUUUUAUAUGCUUACAUUUCUUGGCUCGAAAUAUUUUGCAUAUUUUUAUAAUUG